AUGGAAAAAACUGAACAACUUCACGAGAAAUCUACAUUACAUGAUGAUCAUCUUGAAAUAUUUAGUCUUCUGUGGAUUAGGAAUGAAGUUAACAAAAAUGAGAAAAAUCAAAAUAAUGAACAUAAAUUACGUGCAAUUAUUAAUUAUUUGAAAAUAUUCGAACAUAUUGAUGAAUGUCAACAAUACAUUCAAACAAUGUCAAAAGAAGAUCGUUCUGUUUUAAUCGUUAAUGAUCAAUUUAGUCGUGAACUAAUACCAACUAUUCAUAAUCUUUGUCAAAUAUCUUCUAUUUAUAUUUAUUGUUCUAAUGAAAACAAAAACAAGCAAUGGAGUAAACAGUUUCCUAAGAUUAGAGCCAUAACUAAUCAAUUUGACGAAAUUCUUACUCGAAUUGAAGUCGAUCAGAAGAUACGAAUGAAAAUAGAAGAACCGUUAUCAAUUAAACCAUUGAAUGUUGACGAUGAAAUAAAUCUACCGACAAAAAAACUUGAUGAAUCUUGCAUUUAUUUUCAAACUCUUAUCGAUAUUUUACUUCGAAUACGAUCUAAUGGAGAAGAUAUAAAUGAACUUUUUUAUCUUUGUAAGAAAGAAUACAAGGGUAAUAGAAAUCAUCUAGCUCUUCUUCGAGAAUUUCAACAAAAUUAUUCAUCUAAUGCAGCAGUACAAUGGUACAUUCAUAGACCAUUUUUACAGAAAAUAUUAAACAAAGCUUUUCAAUUAGAAAACAUUGAUAUACUCUAUCUAUUUCGUUCAUUUAUUCGAGAUAUUUAUCAUCAAUUAAGAUACAAUCAAUAUCAAUCACCAGUUCGAUUAUAUAAAGGUCAAUUAAUGUCAAAAAAACAAUUGAAUUACUUGAAAAAGUUCACUGGAAAAUUAAUUUCUGUCAAUUCAUUUUUAUUAACAAGUACUGAUAGAGAAACAGUCAUCAAUGAUUUAGAAGAAACGACUCCUUCAAAUAACAUGCAAAAAGUAUUAUUCGAUAUUGAUGCUGAUCCUGGAGAAGAUAUUUCAAUACGUUUUGCAAAUAUCAACUUAGAUUAUGAUCAAGAUGAUAAUAAGAAUAUAUUAUUUAUGGUCGGCUCUAUUUUUCGACUUGUUAGUAUUUCUUAUGACAAAGAUAAAAGAUGUAUCAUUAAAAUAAAAUUAUGUAAUGAGAACAAACCAGAUUUACAACAACUGUUUGAAAAUAUGAGAAAAGAAUAUGGAUAUGGAGAAACAAAUCUUCUUGCAUUAGGUUAUUUCGAAUGCCAACAGUUUCUUUUUGUCAGCUUCUUUCAGAGUCCAUGUUUCUGA